AUGCACCCUCCCCUCCCCAUCCCCACAGGCAACCCCCUCCCCCUCCCCGGCCCAUGGCCCUGGUACGCCGACCCAGAAGCCCACCUCUUCCCGCACACGGGCCCUUCCUCCACCCAGAACUACUGGCUCUACCCGACCUACAGCGCGGCCUACGAGGAACAAACCUUCUUCGACGCCUUCAGCUCCCCCGACCUGAUCAGCUGGACCAAACACCCCACCGUCCUCAACAUCACGCAGAUUCCGUGGUCCACGAACCGCGCCGCGUGGGCGCCGUCCGUCGCCCGACGACCCAUUAAAAAAAGCAAGAGUGCUUCUCAAGCCGGCGACAAGUCCAGUUCCAGCGCAGACACAGACAACCCCCCUCCCGAAGAAGCCCCAGAAGGGGAGUACGAGUAUUACAUGUACUUCUCCACCGGCGACGGCACGGGCAUCGGCGUCGCGCGCUCGACCACCAACUCGCCCGCGGGGCCGUUCGCCGACGCCCUCGGCCGACCACUGGUCAACGGCACGGUCAUGGGGGCCGAGGCGAUUGAUGCGCAGGUCUUCGUGGACUAUCCUGCCCCAAAUCAAAACUCCGGGGGUUCUGAAUGGGAUUCCGAAGAGGGCGCCGGGACACCCCGCGUCUGGCUGUAUUUCGGGGGCUGGGGGCAUGCGGUCGUGGUGGAGGUGGAUGCGGAGAGUAUGACCGCCCUGAAGGGGCAGUUUGUGGAGAUCACGCCGCCGGAGUAUGUGGAGGGGCCGUGGGUGUUGAAGCGGAAUGGGGUUUAUUAUUUUAUGUAUUCGGUCGGGGGUUGGGGUGAUAACUCCUACGGCGUCAGCUACGUGACGGGUCCCUCGCCGACGGGGCCGUUUACCUCCACGCCGACGAAAAUCCUGCAGGGCAACGACAAGAUUGGCACGAGUACCGGCCAUCACAGUGUGUUGACGAUUGGCGAGGAGUACUAUAUCGUCUAUCAUCGACGGUAUCCCAACGAUACGGCGCGGGAUCAUCGCGUCGUGUGUAUCGAUCGUAUGGAGUUUGAUGCGCAGGGGAAUAUCCUGCCGGUGAAUAUCACGCUGGAGGGGGUGGAGGCGAGGCCUUUGUGAUUGCUUUGUUUUGAGAUGGUGUCCUGGGGGGUGAGGAUGUAGAAGUUACGUUGUGUAUAGGCUACGCUGUGUAUACUUGACCUUCCUCUCCACGCAAGAGACAGGAAGUGUCCAGGUGGUUAUAGAACUACGUGUAUAACGAAGUUCCUAU